GAAGCCCAUGCGCCCUAUAGCUGGUGCUUCGCAACAGAGAAGCCACUGCAGUGAGAAGCCCGCACCCUGCAACUAGAGAACAGCUCCCGUUCACCGCAACCAGAGAAAAGUCCAUACAGCAGAAAAGACUCCACGCAGCCAUAAUGAAAGGAAGGAAGGAAGGACGAAAAUUAUAAAAACAAAACAAUGUAUUGGUUUUACAAACGCAGCUUCAAGACAGGUCAUUUUGCUAUCUCCACCCCAUCCUAGAACACCACCCUUGAGCUCCACCUGUGUGGAAUUCUGAAGCCUGCAGUGUAGAGUACUUGGGCAGUUGCCACAUUCCUUGAUGCUGGAAUGUGUUUGUUUGGGGUUAUAUAAAUCUGAUCUUCCAAGCCCACCUAAGGUUGGGAUGAGGUGGAGGGAGUCCUUCAGUAAGAUGAGGCCUCAUCAUACGUGAGUUCAGAGCCUCAUCCCUGAGUGAGAUUUUCCAAACCAAGACACUUCUGAGAGCAGAACGGAGCUCCAUGAAUGUUUCCACCAGGACAACAGGCAUAAACCAGGAUGUCCCAGGCGGGAGGGUGUAUAAUGCAACUUCUUGAUAUGAAACCCACCAGAUGACCUGGAAAAUACACAGACUGGGACAAGUUGACUUGAGUCUUUUGGGACAAAGACAUGGGGUAUGAGAGGAGGAAACACGCACACAGAGAAGGCUGUAAUCAGUCAAGGGUGCAGAGGUGUUACACAAAAUCACUCUUCAGGGAACCGGGCCUCCAGCCCACGCCCUAGCAGCUCCCCUUCUCCUCCUCUGAAUUUACUGUCCCUUCUCUAGAACUCCUAAGCCUGACCCCGCUCCCUGGCCCUCCCAGCCCACGGUUCCCCUGACCCCACUCCCUUUCCCAGAACUCAGUCGUCUGAGCCCCCAGCCUGCGGUUCUGUCCUAGGCCUCAGCCUUUCCUGCCUUCGACUGAAACAGCAGCAUCUUCUAAGCCCUGGGGGCUUCCCCAGGCCCCAGCCCCGGCCUAGAACCCGCCCGCCGCCUGCCACGCUGCCACUGCCGCUUCCUCUAUAAAGGGACCCAGGCGUCCGGGCCAAGGGGCCCCCGCACAGCAGGUUCUCCCCAUGACACCACCUGGACGUCUCUACCUCCUGAGGGUGUGCAGCACCCCACCCCUCCUCCUCCUGGGGCUGCUGCUGGCCCUGCCGCCGGAGGCCCAGGGGCUCCGUGGUGUUGGCCUCACACCCUCAGCUGCACAGCCUGCCCAUCAGCAACUCCCGAAGCCCUUCACCCGUGGCACCCUCAAACCCGCCGCUCACCUUGUUGGAGACCCCAGCACCCAGGACUCGCUGCGCUGGAGGGCAAACACGGACCGCGCCUUCCUCCGCCACGGCUUCUCUCUGAGCAACAACUCCCUCCUGGUCCCCACCAGUGGCCUGUACUUCGUCUACUCCCAAGUGGUCUUCUCCGGGAGAGGCUGCUUCCCCAGGGCCACCCCCACCCCUCUCUACCUGGCCCAUGAGGUCCAGCUGUUUUCCCCCCAGUACCCCUUCCACGUGCCUCUCCUCAGUGCUCAGAAGUCCGUGUGCCCAGGGCCACAGGGGCCGUGGGUGCGCUCGGUGUACCAGGGGGCUGUAUUCCUGCUCACCCGGGGAGACCAGCUAUCCACUCACACAGACGGCAUCUCCCACCUGCUCCUCAGCCCCAGUAGUGUCUUCUUUGGAGCCUUCGCUCUGUAGAAACAUUCAGAAAGAAACAAAUAGGCUUCAAGGCCUUCUCCCCAUUUUGCUUCCAUUCUGACCAAUUCAGGGGUCACCACACCUCUCCUUUGACCAUUCCAACAGUCUUGAGUCUUCCCCCCGCCCAGUUCUCAGCACCUGGAGCUUCCAAAGAAGGAAUUCUAGGCACACCAGGGGACCAGACCUUCCUGGACCACCCCAGAUGCUCAGCUGAGGACUUCAAGCCUGCCUCGAAAUGCCCCCCCAGAUCCCUUCCUCGGCCCUGCCCAUCUAGGGGGCCUCGUCCUGGACAUGGAGAGGGGAGCUGACACAUGAGGGAGCUUGGGUGGAUGACUAAAGGCAGGGAGGGGGGCUUAUUUAUGAAGGGAAAACAAUUAAAUUAUUUAUUUAUGGAGCAUGGAGAGAAGGGAAUAAUAGCGAGACAUCAGAAGAAAGAGCUAAUACACCCAAGAGAUGACGAGUGAGAGGGCUUAGGCACAAGGAUGACCCAGUGGGAGAGAGAAAGCGUGGCUCUGAGGGACCAAGGGGUUCUGGAAGGAAGUGAAAAGCUGUUAAGAGCCAGCCGCUGCUUAACUGGACACCCCGCAAAGAGAUGUCUGACCCUCAAUGAAGCCAAAUAAACUUUUCUCUGAAAUGCUGUCUGCCUGUAUGUCUGUUGGGGAGGGGAGAAUUCCCCAGAUGUCUCUGAGGAAUGGAGGGAGGACAGGAAUCAGAGAGGCCUGAGGGCCUCUGGGGAAACACUGUGGGCUUGCGGGGUGGUGCAGCCAGCUCACUGCAAGGGAACCAAAGGAUAAGCUGAGAAGACAGAGGCAGGUCCAAGGUCUGGAGAAGUGGGGGUCAGGGGCCCCCUGAGGAAUGGGGGUUACAGGAGGCUCCUAAGGAACACUGACAACACUAAAGAGUGUUCAGGAUGAUGGGGGAGGAUCAU